AUGGACAUCGUGUUUGUCCCUUUUCCGAGCCAAAAAUAUGGAGAGCAAGAACAAGUUCAUGGUACUCCCGAAUAUUUUACAUUGAACGAAAAAGAGUCCAUCAAACAAUUACAUUAUUCUGCAUGGAAUAAUUCAUUAUUUAUUGUUAGUCAUUCUGGAAUUGUUUAUUUGAUCAAAACGUCGGGCAGUGACGAUCCUAACAUUCCAGAAGGAAUUUCAAAAUUACAUCCGUUUGAUGGAUCCACAAGUCUAAGAGUAAAAGAAGUGGUAUCGUACACGGAGGCAAUUUUAUUUGUUGUUAAAGACAUGAUCACGCAAGAAAAUUACAUUUAUGGAAUAGGUAGUAAUGGAUACUAUCGUAUGAGUUUUUCUAAGGAUGAAAGUUUACAUUGGUCUACACCGGAGCUCAUGUUUUCUCCUAAAUCUGAAGUUGUUGGUGCGAAUAAUAACGACACAUUAGAGAUUUCUCAUUGUGGAUGUUGUUACUCGUUCAGCUUGUGUAUUAUUAAUGAUCGUGAUGUUCAUUUUACAGGUCAGAAUUGGGUUAGAUGUAGUGAUGAAUAUCUUUCAAGUAACUCGUACCAUGCAUGGAAAUUUAGAGUUCAACAAUUCAAACAACGUGUCUUGAAAAUGGAGUGUGGAGAUUUUCAUAGUGUCGUGUUGCAUGAUGAUCAUACGGUAUCAGUUGCUGGAAGCAAUAGCUCAAAUCAAUUGACAUCAUACCCCAAUGAAACGUUUGAGAGCAAUGUUCCUUUUGUUAACAUUCCAAUUCACUACCUUUGUGUAUCCAAUGUGCUUUCAGGAAGUAACACUGUUCUUUAUGUUUCAGAAGAAAACGAGCAGUGUAAAGACUUUUAUUUCUGCGGUUCUAAAAAGUAUAACUUUGGAGAAUAUUCAACACCUUCAACAUCAAAUCCAAUGCUCGAACACAAACUUGUCAAAUUUAACAACAGCAGCAACAGUGGAGAAGAAAAUAAUGUCUUUGACAAUUUUUCAAAUAUUUUUGACGCUCAAUUUACAAGAGAUCUCUUCAUGGGAAGGUCGAUCUGCAAUCCUAAAUUGAUCUAUCUAGUGGGAAACUCUUAUUACAGGGGCGUUCAAUAUAAUGGCAAUUUUUUUGACAUUUCAAAGGUUGUUCCCUUCGAUCGAUAUUCAAAAGGAAUGUUUCCUCGCUCUAGAGAAGCAGAUUUUUACAGAAAUAUUGUGAAAUUUGCUCUUCAGCAUUCAGGUUACGUUAUUUAUUUCGACUACAGCAGAGGAUUGGUCUUGCUAUUUUUCGAAAAACUUCUGAAGGCCACAAACACAGCAAAUAUCAACAAUCACCGCCUACUGGAUAUCACAGUGGUCACACACCAUUAA